CUGCCCGACAUUAUCUUCAUCCUGACUCCGCAGGAAAGGAGGCUGAAAUGACGGAUGCAACCAUGGAGGCGACACCCGGGGACGGUUUAUUUACACCAGAAGAGCCGCUUUAAGUUUACUAGAGGGAUGCAGAUACGUGUGUCCCCCUCUUUACUUUCACCGACCCCCUCCUCCUCCGCUGGCAGAAAUUUAUAAAGAACAAAAAAUCCGACGAAGGGAGGGGGGUUGAUGUGCGCUGAGGCUGAAAUCGAGAGGCGAACCCAGGGAAAGAGGAGUAAUUUGUACACGGGACUUUCCCCCUCUUAGUACCCCAAACGGAGGGGGAAAAGUCGCAAUAUUGGCAACGAGAAGGAAUGGGCUUCUAAAGACGUGAAAACGUCUGCAAUUGUGGAUACUUUAUAUAUUUUUGUUUCGAAAAAAUAUGGCCGAGAACGUUCUGGACUCUGGCCCGCCUUCAGCCAAGAGGCCUAAACUCUCCUCUCCGGCACUUUCCGCCUCCGCUAGCGAUGGAAAUGAUUUUGGGACGCUGUUGGACUUGGAGCGCGAUCUCCCAGAUGAACUUAUCAUCCCCAGUGAAGCGGUUCUGGUCAAUGAUGGGGACCUUAACCAGCUAAACAGCAGUUUGGCAAGAGGACCUGGAGGUCUGGGUGCCGGGGGUGGCAAUGGGACAGCAGGAGGAAUGGGGCUUGGGUUUGGCCCAGUCUCUGGAGGGGAAACCGGGGGUGUUGGUGGAGGCCAAGAUGCAGUGGCUAAGCACAAGCAACUGUCAGAGCUUUUGCGCACAACCACCCCAAGUCAACAAGGGCAUCAAGGAGCCAUAGGCAGCCCAGGAGGCCCUGCAGUGAUGGGGCAACACCUAGCAAACAUGAAGGCAUCCUCAGGUCAAGGACCUCAACAGAUGAUGGGGCAGCAGCAGCACCUGUCCCCACAGCAGCAGGCUAACAUGAUGCAGCAGCAACAGACUGGAAUGAUGAGUAACAGGGGCAUGAUUGGAGUGCAGCAGAAAGCCAAUAAUGGACAGCAGCAGCCAGGUAUGAUUGGGAACCAGGUGAUGAAUGGCUCCCCCAGGAUGGGCUUCAGUAAUCAGGGGAUGGCUGGCAGCGGCAACACGUUGGCCGACACUCUACAGCAGCAAGGAGCUGGGGGGCAGGGGGCAUUGAGGGGGCAACAACACGGAACAAUGAACAAGCCGGGAAUGAUGGGGAAUCCAGGAGGCUCAUUUGGAGGUCCAUAUGGUGGUCAAGGAAGUCAAGGUCUGGGAGCUGCAGGGCUGGGUCCUCAACUCCAGAACAAAGGUCCGUUGGCCAACAGCCUGGCCCAGUUCAGUGUGGACAAGAAGAACCAGCCAAUGCAAGGAAUGGGUGCCAUGCAGUCACAGACAGGUGUGGGAGGUCCAACAGGUGCACCUGUGGGAGGAGCACAAGGGAUGGUCCUCGGUACGCAGGCAGGCCUAGCAGGAUACAACGCUCAAACCUCUGCAGCAUCUGCUGCAGCCGGAGCGCCGCCAACAGCUGACCCCGAGAAGCGCAAGCUAAUCCAGCAGCAACUUGUACUUCUACUUCAUGCACACAAGUGCCAGCGGCGGGAGCAGGCCAAUGGAGAAGUUCGGCAGUGCAAUCUGCCCCACUGUCGCACCAUGAAGAAUGUCCUAAACCACAUGACCCACUGCCAGGCUGGCAAGUCCUGUCAAGUGGCUCACUGUGCGUCCUCCAGACAGAUUAUCUCCCACUGGAAGAACUGUACGCGGCAUGACUGUCCUGUUUGUCUGCCACUAAAGAAUGCUGGGGACAAGAGGAACCCGCAGUGUGAGUCUCUGCUCAGUGGAGCAGGUUCAGGACUGGGAAGCUCGCUUGGUUCUGUCCCUGGUGGCCAGCCCAGUACUCCAAACAUCAACCCACCCAGCCAGAUUGACCCCAGUUCAAUAGAAAGAGCCUAUGCUGCCCUGGGGCUCACCUACCAGGGAAACCAGAUCCAGAGUCAGAGUGGUCAACCCAACAUGCCCAACCAAGCACAGACUGGUAUGAGGCCUCUCAAUCCAAUGGGUGUUAAUCCGAUGGGAGUCAAUGGUGGUGUGGGUGACUCCCCUCAGAGUCAACACGCCAGUUUACUGCAGGAUACCAUGAUGCAUCUUAAUGUGAAUAACCAAAGCUUGAUGAAUGAUGCUGUAGGAGUUGGAUCUAUGCCCACAGCAGCCCCUCCCUCUGCCACAGGUAUAAAGAAGGGCUGGCAUGAAGACAUCACACAGGAUCUCCGAAACCACUUGGUGCACAAGCUUGUCCAGGCCAUCUUUCCGACCCCGGAUCCUGCUGCACUUAAGGACCGUCGAAUGGAGAACCUGGUGGCCUAUGCCCGAAAAGUUGAGGGAGACAUGUAUGAGUCAGCCAACAGUAGAGCUGAGUACUAUCACUUACUAGCAGAAAAGAUCUAUAAGAUACAGAAGGAACUAGAGGAGAAAAGAAGGACACGGCUGCAGAAACAGAAUAUAGGGCCUGGCAUGGGACAGUCCCCAACUGGAUUGCCUCAAAACGGCCCACUCCCCGAUCCAUCAAUGGUGCGACCGCCAGGACCCAAUCAAAUGGUCAACAGGAUGCAAGGCCCAGGUAUGAACCAGUUCAAUCAGAUGGGGAUGCCAUCUAUGGGUCAGAGGUCCACGCCACCUCUUCCUAUGGGAGCAUCUGGUAACCAGCUCGGAAUGGUUGGACCCAGAGUGGGACAGCCUAACGUCAACCCACUGCAGAACCAGUAUCUGUCCCAUGGACAGUUUCCUGGGUCAGGACCUGGAGUUGGAGCACCUCAGCCUGGAAUGGCCCAGCCUGGAGCCCAGAGUGGGAUAGCACAGACACAGAUGGGAACUCCUCCAUCCCUCUCAGUAGGUAGUCCUCUAGCACAGCCUGGUUCAGUUGGCGGUCCCAUUGGGGUCUCCACUGUGGGACCAAUGGGUCCACAGAGCGUGGGAGGCGGAUGUCAAAACUCAUCUGUUGGCACCCCUGCUUCAUCUGUGACAUUAUCCAACACAAACCAGCAAGCUAACUCCAUCCCCCAUUUGGGACCCAUGCGUGGCAGCUCUCCCUCCCCUGCACACAGUCGAUCCCCUACUCCCCACCAAACACCUCCCAGACUAGCAGGGUCCCAGACACCACAGCCACAUACCCCAAAUGCCCCACAGUUGGCACCGUUAUCCCUUCAGCAGAAUCAGCUUAGCCAGGGGCCCGGAUCCAACAAACCUCUCCAGCCGCAACACAUAGGGCCCUCUGGCUCAACCACUCCAUCUCACCCUGGACUGGCCUCUAGCUUGACGCCGCAUGCUGGACAGCUGCCCCGCACUCCGUUGUCCCAGAAGGGCUCAUUCCCAGCAGACAGUCAGGCAAUGACUCCAGGCUCUGUCAGCAGUCUGGACACUUCAUCUCAGCAGCCGAUGUCAGACACCUCCACCACCAACCUCGAACCCAAGGUGGAAGUCAAGCAUCAGGAUGAGGAGGAGGAGAGCGACACAAGCAAUUGCUCCAAAGGAGGAAAGCUGAGCAUCCACAAAACGGAGGAAAAACCUAUAAAAUCAGAACUGAAGAAGGAAGAAGGUUCUGGUGGUAAAGGAGUCCCUAUGGAUACAUCAACACCAUUACCAGGUGUGAAGACUGAAGACAAAAAACCAGAAGUGAAGAAAGAGGUGAAAGAGGAGGAAGAUGGUUCAGAGGGAGCUGUUCCACAAGCUCCUGUAAAAAAGAAGAUCUUCAAGCCAGAGGAGCUUCGUCAGGCCCUCAUGCCCACUCUAGAAUCGCUUUACCGACAAGACCCAGAAUCUCUCCCAUUCAGAAUGCCUGUUGACCCACAGCUGCUCUGCAUACCUGACUACUUUGAUAUUGUGAAGAACCCAAUGGACCUGUCAACUAUCAAGCGAAAGCUAGAUACAGGUCAGUAUCAGGAUCCGUGGCAGUAUGUUGAUGACAUCUGGCUGAUGUUCAACAACGCCUGGCUGUACAAUCGCAAAACUUCACGGGUCUACAAGUUCUGCUCCAAGCUGGCCGAGGUGUUUGAGCAGGAGAUUGAUCCCGUCAUGCAGGGCCUCGGCUACUGUUGUGGGAGAAAGCUGGAGUUUUCUCCGCAGACACUGUGCUGCUAUGGGAAGCAGCUGUGCACGAUUCCCAGAGAUGCUGUUUACUUCAGCUACCAAAACAGGUACCACUACUGCGAGAAGUGUUUCAACGAGAUCCAGGGAGAGACUGUUUCCCUGGGCGAUGACCCCACCCAGACACAAACGUCAAUAAACAAGGAUCAGUUUGUGAAAAAGAAAAAUGACACACUGGACCCUGAGCUGCUAGUUGAAUGUAUGGACUGCGGACGCAGGAUGCAUCAGAUCUGUGUUUUGCACAAUGAAACAAUCUGGCCAUCAGGUUUUGUUUGUGAUGGCUGCUUAAAGAAGACAAAUAAGACGAGAAGAGAGAACAAGUAUUCUGCCAAAAGGUUGCCGCAGACCAAGUUGGGUACUUUUCUGGAGAUGAGGGUGAACGACUUCUUGAAGCGUCAGGCCCAUCCUGAAUCUGGAGAAAUCUUCAUUCGUGUCGUUCACGUCUCUGACAAGAUGGUGGAGGUGAAACCAGGAAUGAAGUCCAGAUUUGUGGACAGCGGCGAGAUGUCGGAGUCAUUCCCAUACAGAACAAAAGCACUUUUUGCAUUUGAAGACAUUGAUGGCGUAGACGUCUGCUUCUUUGGUAUGCAUGUUCAGGAGUAUGGAUCUGACUGUCCGCAGCCCAACCAGAGGCGGGUCUACAUCUCUUACCUGGACAGCAUACACUUCUUCCGGCCUCGUUGUCUAAGAACAGCAGUUUACCAUGAAAUCCUUAUCAGCUACUUGGAGUAUGUCAAGAAAAUAGGUUACACCACUGGUCACAUCUGGGCUUGCCCACCUAGUGAGGGCGACGACUACAUCUUCCACUGCCAUCCUCUAGAUCAGAAGAUCCCAAAGCCCAAGCGACUGCAGGAGUGGUACAAGAAGAUGCUUGACAAAGCUGUAACAGAGCGGAUAGUACACGACUACAAGGAUAUUUUCAAGCAGGCCACAGAGGAUCGAUUAACAAGUGCCAAGGAAUUGCCUUAUUUUGAGGGUGACUUUUGGCCCAAUGUGUUGGAGGAGAGCAUUAAGGAGCUGGAACAGGAGGAGGAAGAGAGAAAAAGGGAGGAGAACAGUACUUCUAAUGAGAGUAUUGAUGACGCAAAAGGUGACAGCAAAAAUGCAAAAAAGAAGAACAACAAAAAGACGAGCAAGAACAAAAGCAGCUUGAGUCGAUCGAAUAAGAAGAAACCAGGGAUGCCCAACGUUUCCAAUGAUCUGUCUCAGAAACUCUACGCUACUAUGGAGAAACACAAAGAGGUGUUCUUUGUGAUCCGGUUAAUUGCAGGCCCUAUGGCAAAUGCCUUGCCACCCAUUGUAGACCCAGACCCCCUGAUGGCAUGCGACCUUAUGGACGGUCGUGAUGCCUUCCUCACGCUGGCUCGGGACAAACACCUUGAAUUCAGCUCAUUGAGGAGGGCUAAAUGGAGCUCCAUGUGCAUGCUGGUGGAGUUGCAUAACCAAAGCCAGGACCGUUUUGUUUACACGUGUAAUGAAUGCAAGCACCACGUCGAGACUCGCUUCCACUGCACAGUGUGUGAGGAUUAUGACCUGUGCAUCACAUGUUACAACACUAAGGGCCACGAGCACAAGAUGGAGAAGCUAGGCCUUGGCUUGGACGACGAGAGCAGCAACCAGGCUGCAGCGACCACCCAGAGCCCGGGAGACUCCCGACGUCUCAGCAUCCAGCGUUGCAUCCAGUCCCUCGUCCAUGCGUGCCAGUGUCGAAACGCAAACUGUUCUCUGCCUUCCUGUCAGAAGAUGAAACGGGUUGUCCAGCAUACAAAAGGUUGCAAGAGAAAAACCAACGGUGGCUGCCCCAUCUGCAAGCAGCUUAUUGCAUUAUGUUGCUACCAUGCAAAGCAUUGUCAGGAGACCAAGUGCCCAGUUCCGUUCUGCCUAAACAUCAAGCACAAGCUUCGGCAGCAGCAGCUGCAGCACAGAUUACAACAAGCCCAGAUGCUGAGGAGGAGAAUGGCCAGCAUGCAGAGAGUGGGCCAGCCCCCUCCAGGUGGCCCACCUGGGGGAAAUGGUCUGCCGUCUCCAAGUGGCAAUAAUGGAGCUACUGGUCCUGCCACCCCUACAUCUGUUGGUACACAACCUCCAACGCCACAGACCCCCACCCAGGGUAACAUGCCUGCACUUCCCCAGCCACCAGGUCAGCAACAAGGUGGUACGAUUCCCCCCCAACACCAUCUCCACCAGUUUUCACCAGAAGGGAUGAUGAUUUCUGCUCAACCGCAAAUGGUGUCACAGCUCCAGCAGCAGGCUCCCAAUGUUCAGCAGCUUCAGCAGCAGCAACAUCCUGGUGGUUUGCCUCCAUACAACCCCAGGCCACCUGGACCGUCUACUCUCCAUCAGUCGCUUGGGAAACCUGGUAUGGGUCCAGCCACCCCACCCCAGCAGCAGCAACAAACCAACCAGGGACAAGGGUCAAUGCCUGUACAGGGCCAGCAGCAAGGCCCCCCUCUAGCUGCAGUAGAGACGGCCCUAAAAAUCCAACGGCUAGCAGAGACCCAAAGUCGGAUGGCUCAGGCCCAAGCACAGAUUCGUAGUUUGGGACAGGGUGGCAUAAUACCCCAACAUCCUCACCACCAGAACAGCCAGGCUCAGAUGGUAAUGCCCCACAUUGGGGCCCAGGGCAUGUCUCCCCAGGCUCAGGGAGUUGUUGGCAGGACUAUUUUGGAACCACAGCAACACGGAAUCGUAGCUGGAAUGCAGCAAAGUGGAACACAGUCACAGUUGCCCCCUCAGGUUCAACAGCAACUUCAGCCAACAAACCAGCAGUGGGGUCCCAGGGGGGCAACCAUGAACCCACAAACAAGGACAGCCAUGAUGGGUUCUAUGGCCCCACAACAGGCUACCAUUGCUCAACAGCAGCAGCAGCAACCAAUGAAUCAGCAACAGCCACAAGCAGGAAACCGAGGCUUAAUGCAGGUAUUGGGUGUUUCAGAAGGGGCAGCAGUGGGCCCUGGGCCAAUGCAAGGAGGAGGGGGGUUGGGAAACCUGCCCCAGGGAGCAGUACAGGACCUUCUGCGUACACUCCGCUCCCCAACCUCACCCCUACAGCAGCAACAAGUCCUCAACAUCCUACGUUCCAACCCAACUCUAAUGGCUGCUUUCAUACGCCAGAGAGCGGCUAGGUACCAGGGUGCUCAAGGAGGUCCUGGAGGAGCAGGAGGACCACCAACAGGGGGACCUGGAGGUGUGAGGUUCCCAGGCACUGCUGGAGGCUUGCCCAAUGUAGGAGGACCUGGAGCCAACCAGCUUGGCAACUUGGACGGACAACAACAGGUUAAUGUAAACCAGCCAGGGAUGAAUAUUGCUCAAGGUGGAGCCGGAGGAGGGAACAUGCCCACCAUGGCUCAGCUUCAGCAGCUACAACAACAACAGCAGCAGCAGCAGCAGCAGCAGCAGCGUCCAAUGUUGCCUGGAAACCUACAGCAACAGCAGAUGGCAGCUUUGCAGCAGCAACAACAGGGAGCAAUGCAAGCAGGGCAAGGCAACAUGGCAAAUAUGAAUCCACAGUUCAGAGAGCUGCUUAUGAGGAGACACCUGCAGCAACAGCAGCUGCAGCAGCAGCAACAACAGCAGCUGCAGCAGCAGCAACAACAACAACAGCAGCUGCAGCAGCAGCAGCAACAACAGCAGCAGCUGCAGCAGCAGCAGCAACAACAGCAGCUGCAGCAACAACAACAACAACAACAACAACAACAGCAGCAGCUGCAGCAGCAACAACAGCAGCUGCAGCAGCAGCAACAACAACAACAGCAGCAGCUGCAGCAACAACAACAACAACUGCAGCAGCAACAACAGCAGCUGCAGCAACAACAACAACAACAGCAGCAGCAAAUGGCAAACCAUGGGCAGUUCCAGCAACAGCAGCAAGCACAGCAGAGCUUUAUGCAAGCUGGACAAGGACAGGCAGGGAUGCCGCCAUCCUCUCAGCCGCAGCCUACAGGAGGAGCAGUAGGGGUUCCGCAGCAGCAAGGAGGACCACAGGGUGGGCCAGGACAGCUUGGGCAGCAGCAAGGAUACCCUAUGUCACAGGUAGCUGCAGCACUCCAGCAAAAGUUCCAACAUCAGAUGCAGAUGCAGCAGAAUUCAAUGGGUGGUCAUCAAGGACCAGAUAUCAGUGGAGGAGGUGCUGGAGGACCCCCACUCCAGCCUGGACAAGGUGGAUCAGGGACAGGGCAACAGCAAGCUGGAGUUGGUGUGGCUGGUGGUGGGCCACCAAUGUCGCAGCUAUCCCAGGGCAUGGUUCACCAGAACAUCCAUCAGAGGCUACUGCAGCAGCCACACCUUGGAGGGGGCUCGCCUGCCCAGCAUAGUAGUCCCAUGAGCCCUCAAAUGGCCCAGUCCCCCCACAUCCAGGGACAAGGAGGACUUGGUCCAGCAGGAUCGCUCGGCAGUCAGGUCCGGUCACCUCAGCCCUCACCCAGGCCACAGUCACAACCCCCGCACUCCAGCCCGUCCCCACGCAUGCAGCCCUCCUCUCAGCCUCAGCCCUCACCUCAUCGUAUUUCCCCACAGACGCAGACCGGGUCCCCGCACCCAGGACACCUUGCUCAGCAUCACCCCAGUAUGGCUCCGCCUCAGCCUCCACAAGUCCAACAGCCAGGGUUGUCUCAGCAGCAGCCACCACCAGUUAGCUCUGUGGAUCCCAGUCAGUUCAGCUCUGACCAGAACGCUAUCAUAUCCCAGCUAAGUGGGAUGACAGGGAUACACGGAGGACAUGGCAGCCAGCCGGACAUUCUCGGUGGGAAUAGUAAUAACGGCAGUAACAACAACAACAACAACAACCAGGAACUUGGGACAAACAUUAACCACAAUCUCAUGUAGCCUCGACUCCAAUCCAUGUUUCUGUCUUUUUGCUCUGAUUUGUUGCCCCAGAUGACAAGCUGCCACGAAGGGAUAGUUAGCCGGAGUUUUAGAAGUUUUUAUUUUUAUUUAAACAUUUCUGUGAUGUAUAAAUACGAACUAAAGCUUCCUUCCUAUGGGAGAUGUGACUUUAAUUUUAGAAAUCAAUAAAUGAAUAAAUUAAAACAAUGGUAAGUUAUUGCUGUUAAUAUAUAUAUAUAUAUAUCAAUAUAUUUUUGCCAAUUGUGUACAAAAAGGCAGAAGGGUAGAGUUUCUGGUGGAGAUCAUUCUUAAAUAUGACAAUAUUUUCGGGGACUGAGUAUUUUGCCUUUUUAAGAAGAUUUUUAAGAUUUCAAAUGUGGCUAAAGUUAGUGAGUUGAUAUGAUGUACGUUCCCUCUUAAGCACCCUAUCAUGAUUGUAUCUGUUUUCCACAGUAUGUUUAUUUUCUAUCAUUUUGUUCCCUUAAUGAAUCAUAACAGGAACAUCAACAUAUCUUCCGUUACAGUGGUCUUCUUCAGAGUGAACCCUGAACACUUACUUUGUAUGUGACUGCAGCAAAUUACAAAUGGUUAUUUAGUUUGAGUAGGUAGGAGGAAGGGUGUACUUAUUUUGACAGCUAUUCUGUUUUAUUUUGUAGGUGUGUGACAGUCGGGGUUUAUAUUUAGUGUUUUUGGGUAAUGUUUGAAAAUGUUGGGCCACAUAUACGUUACAAAUAGAAAUCAUUGCACCUGUUUUUCAGCCUUUUUGUGAAUAUGCACACCUUCCUCACCCUGACCCCCUUACCGAUCACCUACAAAAUGUGGAGGAAUAAACGGCAUGUUGCUGAUUUAUCCCAAAAAGGUUGUAAAUAUUUUCCAGCGCUGUUUUUAUGCGACGUAUGAAAGAGAUUGAGCAAGUUCCGCCUUUGCCGUCUACCUUGACGGUUUUCCUUUCAAUUAUUUUACCUCUUUUGUUUCCCCGUCUUCAGCAACAAAGUUUGAUUUGUUAGUACUGUAAAAAUAGGAAAUUGUGGACUUGGAUACGGUUUGUUUUGUAAAGAAAUGUAGAAAAAAAAAAAAAAAAGUGUACAUAUUUAAAAAACACAAUCUGCAAGCGACAUGUAUUUUGCUCGUUUAUUCCCCUUUUUUCAUCGAAUAUAUGCUGUGUCUGAAACAAAAUGACAGAAGUGCUCCUAAGCUACUGUAAAGUAUUACAUUUUUCUUUUUUUUCUAAAGUGUACAGUAUGGGUUGUUGUAGGUCACAAGCACCAAUGCGCCUUUUUUAGUGUAUUUUUUUGACUAGGUUUUGGAGAGGUUGGGGUUUAUUGCAACAGAGCACCCACCUUUUAUUGUAGAAAAAAUAACUUCUGCGUAAAACCUGCACAAAACGGAGCCAAAACAAGGGAUGAGGUCUAAUCUUAAGGACCUAAAAUUUGGUUGCUUAGCUUUUUAUGGAGAAGAUUGAAGACAGAUUUUUCACAUGCUUACUAUUUCUUUUCUCUAAAAGUUAGGCUUGCUGAGUAUGGGGAUGAAACACAUCAAAUCCAGGUUGCAAUAUAUCUUGAGACUUAUUUUAUAAAUAAUAAGAAAAAACAAGGAUAGACUGUCUUUUAUAUAUAUAGAUAUAUUAUUUAAUUUUAUUUUUUUGGAAAUAAAACUUGAAGCUACAGGAAUUAUUAGAUAAAAAUGUUUUGUUUUCUAUUAAAGGUGUUAUGGUGAUGCAAAAAGACACUGCAGACAGUUAUUCGUUUUGCCCUGGAGAGGCUAUGGAGUCCAUUAUACCAUCCUUUUGAUGAGAUGUUUUAUGUACAUGAAUAAAGUUGUAUACAUAUUGAAUCACUGUACAAACAGAUGGCAACUGAACAAAUUUUGUCCAUUUUUUUUCCUAAGACUGGAAAUAAGACUAUUUAAAUUUUAGUAUUCAAAUGGAAUCGCUGACCACUUUUUCUUGUUCCUCUUAACGAUUUUGGUGCUUGCUGAAAGCAAAAAUAACUGUUGCUCAAUUUUUUUUAAGUUAUUUUGGUGGUCUGAUUGUUUUUUUGCCAAUAAAUUAAUUGUACAAUAAAGUAUGUUUGUACUAUUGGAAAAAAUAUUUGCUUUCCUCUUUUCCACAUUAAAUUGGUUUGUCAACUGAA